CUGGUGUUUAAUUUCAUAAUAAAUAAAUGAAGAACACAUUACUUAUUGAUAAUUAUGGCCUGUCAGUAAUUUUUUAUAUUUUGGAAGCGAUCAGUUACGUUUCGUUCAAUUAGGCCUCAGUUGACCUUGUCAACAUUUUAUCCCCACCCUUUAUCAACAACUGCAGGCACACUAAUCUUUAUAUUAAACUGACCGUCGCUGUGGACACAUCAAGAAAAUGGUGGUCAAAUUGACUUACUUCGCAAUGUCAGGGCUUGGAGACCCCAUAAGGCUGUUACUGACUUUCUGUAAGAUGGAAUUUGAAGAUAUCAGGAUUGGCAGGAAGGAAUGGGAGAAACUGAAACCCACCUUAAAGUUGCCACAUUUGCCAAUGCUGGAAGUGGAUGGAAAAACUUAUUUUCAAGGGUAUGCGAUUUGCCGCUACUUAGCUCGAAAGGCAGGUCUCAACGGUUCUUCUGAAGAAGAAGGCCUUGCUAUUGAUGCAACUGUGGACACCUUGAUGGAUAUGAUAAAAAAAACGGUUUUGGAUUAUUACCAGCCUGAUUCUGAAGAAAGAAGUAAAUGUUUAAAAGCUUCACUUGAAGUCACAAUUCCAUUUUAUUUGAAUGUGUUUGAAAAACAGCUGGAGGAAAACAAUGGAUACUUCGUCGCUGGAAAGCUUACUUGGGCUGACAUCGUGGUUUUGACUCUUGGUACCUAUCUAUGUGGUAUAUUCAAAGUAGAUAUUUUAGCGGAUUUUCCAAAACUGAAGGAACACCGGCAAAAGAUUUCUGAAUUGCCAGUAAUCAAAGAGUGGCUUGAAAAGCGACCUGCAGACCCAGAAGAUUAUAGGUUGUUAUAACAUAGUUAAUUUUGAAUAUCACUAAAUUAAUGAUGUUGUAAUUGCCAAUCUGAAGAUAUAAUGUUAUGAAAAAUAUAAUAGCCUAUUGACAAUGUAUUAUUAUUAAUAAACUAUAAUUAAUUCUAACUGUAAACUAUAAUGAUAUAACAAUUAUUCAUUAUUAAGUUUUUCAUUGGCUUUUGAUAAUACUUCUAUGACCAUUUGCUAUGCAUUUCUCCUAAAUAAUUGACGUAUGUCAUAAUUGGUAGAUUCUACCAGCAAAAAUGAAAAUAUCAAACCAUGUAUUUGUCCAAUCCUAUCUAAUUUACUAUAAUUUUGUUUAUCUUACUAAUAUUCUAAAUAUACGUUUACACAUUUUACAAAGUACAGUAACAGGGUUUAUAAAUGACAUGUUUCUUAAGCUUGAAGCAGCAGCUCCAAAUAAUGAAUAUUCCAAGUCCGAAGAUACGUUUUAACAUUUCACAAACUAUGAGAAACGCAAAUAUUUGAAGUGGUUUUUUCUCUAGACUAGUGUUUAUUUCAUCUAAUGAAUCUUGCUAGUUUUUGC